AGUUUCAUAAAGGGGCGGGGCGUAACCCCCUCCACUCGCACCCCGCCUCCCGUCUACGGGUAGACCCUUAUCGGCGUACAGGCACAGCGCAGCGAUCGGUAUUCACUCUUCAGCUUAACAGCUCAGUGUGCAGACGUGCAGUGCAGUGUUCUUUUAAUUCUCCGAGUUUAAUAAUUCAUUCAUCUUUAAAAAUGAGCGCUUUUUACGAAAGUGUCGUUACGAUCGCCAGCUCCUUCUGCAACAACGUCUUUACGUCUCCGACAAACUCACGAUACAUUGGGGUCGGAGCACUCCACUGUGUCGUGAUAUGGGAUAUGUUGGAGCAGGUCGAGGUUGCAGUACUCCCCGGCAAAACAGACAUGGCUUUCGUAACACGGAUAGCAGCCAACCCUAACGGUCGCGAGCUGGCGGUUGGCUACGAAAAUGGGGUCAUAGCCAUAUACGACCUCCACAAAAAGAAAGCGGUCUGCGAAUUUGCUGCCCACCAUUCUGCAGUAACUUGCAUGCAGUACGAUGGCGAAGGCGACUUCCUGGUGUCUGGUUCGAAGGACACCCAGGUCGUCGUCUUGGACGUUGUCGCGAAGACCGUCAAGGCUCGCCUCACCGGCCACCGAGCAGCUAUCACCAAUGUGCUCUUUACGGACAACUGUGUGAUCAGCACAUCGAAAGACGCAUUGGUGAAGUUUUGGGACGUCGAGACAAACCAGUGUCUCAAGACUUUGGGCGGUGAUCCAAACGAUCAGAUAUCGUCUGCAGUAUUGUGCAGAGACAAUCGGUAUCUGGUGACGGGCAACCAGUACAAGGAGCUCAAGGUCUACGAACUGAAGUGGACAGCUGAUGCCGCCAAUGCUGAUGAGGUGUUACAGUGCCACCUCGUCUGCAGCGAAACGCUGGUAGCGCGAGGCCGCCUGGUCGGCCUCUCUACCUACGGCGAUGUGUUGGCGUGCUACACAGAUCGUGGCCUGUUGAGCCUGUACUCGUUGCGCACGCGGACGGAGGAUUCCUGCCCGAGCGAGUCGAAGGAGGUUAAGGCGCAGCGGAAGAAAUUAGCGAAAUUAAUAAAACGCGGGAAAGUAGCGGCGGACUAUUCGGCAGAAGUGCCGACAGAGCGGCAGUCGUCAUCGACGGCAUCGAUACACCAUCUGGCCUCGUUAAAAAUGGACGCCAAGGUGGUGUCUACCUCUCUCCGUCAGUUCGCUGACGGGAGAGAACUACGCGCCGCCGUCACACUGGCCGACAACAGCGUCCAAUUGGUCGGCUUUGAAUUCAGCGAAGAUUACAAGCUUGUAGCUCGAACGCUAAGCCGGAUCGCGUAGCACCGCCGUCGCUGUCGCCGCCGCCACCGCCCGCCGCCCCGCCGCCUUCGACUCGUCUGUGAUAUUUUAUAUGUACUCAUCACUAGUUUAAGAAUAAACGAAAACACCACA